AUGUGGGAGCCUUCCAACCUUGCAGAAAAGAAAUUUAAUGCAGAAACAAAUAGACUGAUUGGGGAGGCACAACUCCACAGGUUUAGUUCGUUUAUAGAGCAAUUUGUUGAAGAUACUACAGCUCAGCAAGAUAAAUUUUUCAAUAAGUACAAUGUAACUACUCAGCUAGUUGUGAUUGAAGAAAAAGUCCAUAGCAGUGAAUCUAUAGGGUAUUUAGUACACUCUGAUAACAAAAUUUUAAGUAGAAUACUAGCUACUUUAGGUGGAAUAUGUAAUGAAAUCAGUGAAUUAGUUUCUGAAGCUGAAACAUUGUAUCAACCUUUUGUGUUAUAUGAAGAUUCCAUAGAUAGAGCCUCAAGACAUUCUUCAGUGAGUAAAAUAUUGGAGCCAUUACAAAAAAUACAUUUUUUUGUUAAACGAGUUCAUUCUGUAGUUAUUUUAGCAUUAAAAGAAAUGAGUUGUUUGUUAGGAAAAAAUAUAUAUUCUUCUGGUAAUUAUUGUGCAUUUCCAGAAGUACUUCAUAAACUUGGGGAUCUUUUAAUUUGUUUAUUAAAAUUUGAUGGUCUGUUAGACAUCCAGAUUCUUAAAGACCACUGGUUUUGGUAUAGAACAUCUAUUAGAAACAUAUCACACUCUAACAAACUAUCAGUUGAUAGAAGUAAAGUUAGAUCUUUAGAUAAAAUGUUGCAAGUGUUUGAAAAUGAUCUGUUAAUGGGUCACAUUUUAAAAGAUGUCAUAGAAAAAUGUUUUGAAGACAAAUCUUUCUACUAUCAAAUGAAAAAUUGUACAGUAAAUCAAGAAUUACAUGCAUUUAUAGUUUUACUCUUGGCAGAGUUAGAGAAAGAUGAAGAACUUCAGAGUGAUAUUUGGUUAAAGAUGAAUAUCUUUGUAAUUUUUUAUUUCACAAUAUUUGAAAGUGCUGACAAAAAAUUAAUAAAACGAGUAUUAGAUGUGAAUAAGAAACAUUCAACUUGUACCUUAAUAGGGAAUGUUUUGUGGUAUCCAGAACAGUUUUUACUAAAGCAUUUAAGUAUAUUAGAAAAAUACAUUGAUGAGAGGGCCAUUGAAAAUCAUAGACUGAAUUUAGUAAAUGUUAAAAAUAGUAAUUUUCCAAAAGAAAGCAGUAGUCUUUGUUUACAGGUUUGUUAUUUUUUAAUGGAAUUGGAACAUAUAUCAAAGCUAGACACAAAUAACAUUAAAGUUCGAGAAUUACAAGGAAUAGUGAUGUGUUUAAAUAAUGGUCUCAAACUUCUCAAAAAAAUUAGUUUUUCUGUACAGUGGACUCUCAAUUUACAUGUUGAUAAAAACUUGCCGGUACAAAAAUCUGUUUUAUUGUCUAUAUGUAAAUUAGUAGAAGUCCUAAAGUGCAUUCCACUAAUUUUUAAGAAACAUAUGGUAUCAUUAACAUACAUAUUUUUAUUAACAACGCAACAUCUGUCCCAUAAAGCUUUAAGUUUAUUAAACAAUAUCAGAAAACAAUUUACACAAGAAAAAUCAUACAAUGAAAGACAACUAGAUGUUCUUUCAUCAUUAAACCUUUGUGAACAAGUCUUGAGGUCUGCUGUUACUUCUCGUAGUAUAUUGGUAGCUAAUUUAUGUUUAUCAGCAAGUGGACUAUAUUCAAAUGAUUUAUCUAAGAUGAGACAUGUGUUAUCCCAACUAGAAACAAUUGUAUCAUUUUCUAGAGACUUAAGAGAAACCAGUAGUUGUUUUUUUAUGUAUUGGCAUCAAAAUUUUAUGCUCCCAGUUUAUUUUAAAAAAAUUGUAGAUUCAAAAUCAGAUUUAUCCAGGCAUUACUUAGUUCUAAAUGCUCUGAAUGAUUUCCACAGUGAACUGUCACAUAAUAUUAUAAAAGAAUCAUUGUAUGAUCCUUUGGAGCAGAUAAUUGAAAGAAAUUUAAGGUUACAGACUCAUUUGCAUCUUCAAUUACCACCCAUGGAGCCAUUUGAUAAUUAUUUUUCUAUAAAUUUUAAUAAAUAUCUACCUGUGCCUUUACAUGGUAAAUAUAAGAAUAUAAAAAAUGAAGUUGAACAUCAUUUGAGUACCAUAUUUUACAAUCUUACAUCUGUAGUAUUGCACAAUUGGAAAACUUAUGGGGAAAUGAGAAGGUUGGCCUAUUUACAGUAUAGUCUUGAUACUGUAGAUGAUAAUUUACCCAUUCAAACAUUAGAACAAGGAUUAGAUGUUUUAGAAAUUAUGCGAAAUAUUAAUGUAUUUGUAAGUAAAUAUUUAUACAAUCUUAAUUCGCAAGUUUUUAUAGAAAGAAAUAGUGACAAUAAACAUUUAAAUUCUAUAAAUAUAUCUCAAGUGGCAAACUCAAUUAGGACCCAUGGUCUAGGAAUAAUGAACACCACAGUUAACUUCACCUACCAAUUUUUGAGGACCAAGUUUCAUAUAUUUUCACAGUUCAUUUAUGAUGAACACAUCAAAUCAAGGUUGAUAAAAGAUCUACGCUUUUUUUCAGAGCAUAAACUGGAAUUGAACCAAAUGUAUCCUUACGAGAGAGCCGAAAAAUUUAAUAUAGGAAUAAGGAAACUUGGCCUUAAUGAACAUGGUGAAAGCUAUUUAGAUUUAUUCAGAAAAGUAAUAACUCAUAUAGGUAACGCUAUGGGAUAUGUUAGACUAAUCCGGUCAGGAGGUAGAAGAUGUUUAGCUGACGGAACUUGCUUCAUUCCCAAUUUGAAAAGUAAUUCUCUGAAAGAAGCUGUACAAAAUGAAGAGUUGCUGGAUCUAACAAAAAAAGCUGCAGAUGGUUUACUAGAAAACUUACAGAUGUAUUUGGAUAACAUAGAAGAUGCCACUGAAUACUUCCAGCUGCUAGUAAAAGUUUUUGUUCCAGUAUUAAGAAACAAAGCUAACAUCCAUUUAAAAUAUUUUUAUGUCAUUGUUCCUCCUUUAACGGUUAAUUACAUAGAACAUUCCUUGAACUGUAAAGAACGUUUAAACAAAAGAAAUAAAACAGAGUAUACUUUUACUGAUGAUGGAUUUGCAUUGGGUUUGGCUUAUAUUGUGGAAAUAUUAAAUCAACAUGAACAAGUUAAUAGUUUACACUGGUUUCAGUCUGUAACGAAAAAGUUUAUUAAUGAUAAAGUCAGGAUCAAAGAGCAGACAUCAGCAGCUGAUAAUUGUGAUAAUAAAUUAAGACAAGCGCUCACUUUGACAGAAAAAAAGAUUGCCUUGUAUGAAAGGGAGUUUAGGCUUCUUUAUUAUGGAUAUAAUAGUGCCAGAUUAUUUUUCCAAACAUAA